AUGGCCUCCGGUGAGGCUCAUUUCACGGUUCCCUUGAGCCAGAGCUUUGGAUAUGGAAUCGUCGUUGGCUUAGGGUUUGCUUUUGCGCUGUUGAUGAUCUUCAUCACCUGGGCAUUGAAAAGAUACCAGCAUGAAGUCCAGACAUCGGAAAUGUUCUCCACCGCCGGAAGGACGGUCAAGUCAGGAUUGGUGGCAUCUGCAGUGGUUAGCAGCUGGACCUGGGCAGCGACACUUCUGCAGUCAUCUACGGUGGCAUAUGAGUACGGGGUUUCCGGUCCCUUCUACUACGCAUCGGGCGCCACCGUUCAAAUCCUCCUUUUUGCAACCUUAGCCAUCGAGUUGAAGAGGCGUGCUCCCAAUGCGCAUACUUUCCUCGAGGUUAUCCGUGCUCGUUAUGGAACCGUCGUGCAUUGUGUUUUCAUUGUCUUCUGCUUGAUGACCAACAUUCUCGUGACAGCGAUGCUGCUCACCGGCGGUUCGGCCGUGCUGACCUCCCUGACUGGAAUGCACACAGCUGCAGCCUGUUUCCUCCUUCCAAUCGGUGUUGUCCUCUACACGGUGUUUGGUGGAAUUAAGGCAACCUUCAUCACCGAUUACCUGCACACAAUCGUCAUUGUUGUCAUCAUUUUCGUCUUCGCAUUCAACACUUAUGCGAUCAGCGACCAGCUGGGUUCUCCGGGCAAGGUCUAUGAUAUCCUGACGGCAGCUGCCCGAGCCAAUCCAGUUUCUGGCAACUCGGAAGGAAGCUAUCUCACCAUGAAGUCUCGUGGGGGAGGAAUUUUCUUUGUCAUCAACCUCAUCGGAAACUUUGGGACCGUGUUCCUUGACAACGGCUACUACAACAAAGCUAUUGCGGCAAGCCCCGUUCACGCUUUCCCAGGCUAUGUCCUCGGCGGUCUCUCGUGGUUUGCGAUUCCGUGGCUCUGCGCGACGACUAUGGGAUUGACAGCCUUGUCCCUCCAGGGAGACCAGACCCUCAGCUCCCAAGAUGUCACCGCUGGUCUUGUCUUGCCGUAUGCAGCUGUGAAGCUGUUGGGUUAUGGAGGAGCGGUUGCGACUACUCUCAUGGUGUUCAUGGCUGUCACCUCGGCCUUCUCUGCUCAGCUGAUUGCGGUGUCGUCUGUGUUUACAUACGACAUCUAUCAGGCCUAUAUCCAGCCGGACGCGAAGGGCAAGAGGCUCGUCUGGAUUUCUCACGUGGCCUGCAUUGUUUAUGCUCUGAUUAUGGCAGCUUUUGCCACUGGUCUGUAUUACGCAGGCAUUGGGAUGGGUUAUUUGUAUCUGCUGAUGGGCGUCAUUAUCUCGGCUGCUGUGAUUCCAGGCUCUUUGACCCUGCUGUGGAAGGGCCAGAACUGGAUUGCUGCAGCUUUCUCGCCACCUCUGGGUCUGGCUGUAGCCCUGAUUGCAUGGCUUGUUACUGCAAAGUCUCUGUACGGGGAGUUGAAUGUCACGACGACUGGUGCGAACUACCCCAUGCUUGCCGGCAAUGUGGCUGCCUUGCUUAGUCCGAUUGUCUUUAUUCCUAUCCUUACCUUUGUGUUUGGACCGCAGAAUUAUGACUAUGAGUCGAUGCGGAAUAUCCGCAGAGUGGACGACUCGGAAGUUGCAGCGGCCGCACAUGUCGAUCUGGAAAUGAUCCCGGGUGAGACGACGCCGCCUGACAUGACCGAGGAGGAAGUGAAGAAGCUCAACAAGGCGGCAUUCUAUGCGCGCACGUUGACGGUCGUCAUGACUCUGUGCCUCCUCAUCCUGUGGCCGAUGCCCAUGUACGGCUCGGGCUACGUCUUUAGCAAGCCCUUCUUCACCGGCUGGGUGGUGGUUGGCCUCAUCUGGCUGUUCUUCACUGCGUUUGGCGUCAUCGUCUUCCCGCUGUACGAGGGCCGCGCCAGCAUCGUGCACACUAUCCGUGCCAUGCUGCUCGACAUCAUGGGCAAGAAGAAAGCCGCUCUGCAGGGUCGGGACGGGGAUUCGAGGCCGAGCGACAGUGCUGGAGAGGGGACUCCAGACGAGAAGCUUUCCGUCAAGGACUCACAAUAA